AUGCUUGUGACGCGUCAAAUCACUGGAAACCUGAAGGAAUAUUUCCUGCCCUAUGGAGAGACUCGUAUGCGCCAGGCUUGGCUUUCGGCUCGUUUUGACAAAAAAAUUGGCGCGGAGCACACGCCACGGUCAGGCAAGAUAGACAAAUCAACUGUUUCGGAAUUCGUUAAGGCCAUCUCGGCCCGCGUCGCGGAGAAAUGCACGAUGGACGAUACAGAUGUCAGACACCGAAAUGAGGCUGACCCAUCAGCCAGUAAGCAAUAA